AUGGUGCUUGGUUUCUUACUAAAGAAGCGGGCCCCGCCGCCGCCGCCAGAGGCAGUGCUGCCGCCGCCAUCGCCAUCUUUACCUGCAACAGAACUGCCGCCUCCAAAGCUCCCCACUUCAGAGCCGGAACAGACGCAGCUACGAACCCCCUCACCGUCAGUUGUCAGUGUAUCUGCGAUACAUGGCGCGCCUCAGUCCCCCUCCCCGGCCUCCAGACUGGCAAACUUAUCCGUCGAGGGGCGAGUCCGGCAGCACUCCCCCACGCGCCAAGCCACCGCAAGCAUGUCUGCGCCCCUUCUUUCCCCCAACCCAGUCAUCACGCCCCCUGAGCCCACAGUUAGCUCCCUCGUCAAUCACAUCACUGCGAUACCAGCCAAGACCCUGCAUGAGUACACCCUAGCACACAUUCCCCUCGUACCGGAGCCCCUCCUUCCUGCCCUCGCAGAGUUCUUUGCUAAAGCAGCCCCGCCACCGAAGCUGCAUUGCGUGCGUUGCCAUAAAGAUUAUGUAGACGUUGAGAACGACGAUCGCAGCUGCCUGGUGCCCCAUGACGACGAAAGUGCCGAGGUCGAGCGUGUCGGACGGGGUGCUAAGAGCGGCAGGUCCGCUGGCGACCCCGGGACGACAUAUGAGACGAUCUGGGGCUGCUGUGGCAAAGUCACGGAAGGCGACGGUGAUCAAGGCCCUCCCGACGGAUGGUGUUACGAGGGCAAACAUACGACCGAUAUCAAGCGUGCACGCUUCCGUGCCGACUCUACGCCCCAACGCGACAAGCUGACCUCCUGCUUGCGCCUCAAUUGUCACGGUAUCCGUGACCAGCUCCCGCGGAGCUCCCUCCGUAAACGGCGACGCAGCCUGAACCUAAAAGAGCCUGAGACAGAAGAGGACGGAAGCGAGGGCGAGGAGGACAGCGGGAUCGACGAGAUCGUCGGCAAGGCAACCAGCAACGGGAAGGGCAAGGCAAGGGGCAAAGGCAAAACGCGCAGUGAGGACUCGCAGAUGGACGUCGAUCGCGAGCAGGAGAGCGCGAGCCAGGCAGGAAGUGCGCGCGGACGUGGACGCGCCAAGGCGACUGCGACGCCGAAGCGUAGGGGCCGGCUCCCCAAGGCGAAGGCGAUUCAACAAGAGGAGGGCAAUGGCGGUGAAGCAGACGAGGCCGCAAGCGUGAAAUCCGCGUCGGCGCCUACCCCCGCAGCGAAGCGGCGUGGACGUAAGCCGAAGAGCAAAGCAUACAUUGAAGACUCGGACGAGGAAGCGGACGAGGACGGCGAGCGGCGUAACAGACCACGGACGCGCUCGCAGAGCCGGACGAGACCGCCUGUGUCGGCAUCCACGCCUGCUUCGGCCACCAAAGGAAAGUCGAGAGCAAGGAAGUCAAAGGGCGCAGAUGAGGAUCACGCGGACGCAAAAAAGGACGACGCGGAAGAGCAACCGAAGAAGAGAAGGAAGUUCGAGGAGUGA